UUAAACAUAACACAAAUUUUAUCUUCCCGGACACGACCGGUCCGCCGCGGGAAUCAACGCCACCGUCCUCCGGCGCCAGCCAGGCGGUAACGUACUUAAGUAGCUCCGUUUCAAAUUUUCCGGCAACCGGAGAGAAGAUAGCUUCCUCGCCCUCUCUCUCUCUGCUUGAACGGAGCAAACUGACAUGAACUUCCCAACCGAGUCCUCCGAUCUGUUCGCUGAGUUCCCGCCUCUCGAAUUCUACCCCUUCGAUCCCCUCCCAACAAGCCCUACCCCUAUCCCGCCUCCUCCGUCUUCACUCCCGGCUGAAAACCUCACAGUCCCACCCUCAGACCCUAACCCUAAUCCUAACCUCAGCUCGGUGUAUAAUCCACUUGCCGCUUUCACCGUCCCCAAGAAACGACGCCGGGGCAGGUCUCAGCGCAAUGUCCCUCCAUCCUUUCAGCUGCCCACGCUGCCCAACGGUAACCCUAGCUUUCCACCCUCUUCUUCUUCGGCUUCGAUUUAUGCUCCUGAUUCGGGUGAAAUCGGGGUGGGAGUAGCUGGUGCGGCUGCGAAAUCGUUACCGGAUAUCUCUGAUGAGAUCAUCGUGAUCAACAAGGAGGCCACCACUGAGGCCCUGAUCGCUUUAUCAGCUGGGUUUCCAGCUGACUCCCUCACGGAUGAGGAAAUCGAUUUUGGUGUCCUGCCCGUGAUCGGCGGGAUAGAACAGGUUAAUUAUAUUCUCAUUAGGAACCACAUCAUCGCCAAAUGGCGUGAAAAUGUGACUGGCUGGGUCUCAAAGGAGAUGUUCCUUGAUGUGAUUCCUAAGCAUUGCAGCACGCUUUUGGACUCUGCAUAUAAUUACUUGGUUUCGCGUGGAUACAUUAAUUUCGGGGUUUCUGCUGCAAUUAAGGAGAAGUUUCCUACGGAGCCAAGCAAGCCUACUGUGAUUAUUAUCGGUGCAGGGCUGGCGGGAUUGGCUGCAGCCCGACAGUUGAUGAGGUUUGGAUUCAAAGUGACUGUUUUGGAGGGUAGGAAGAGGGCUGGUGGGCGGGUUUACACGAAGAAGAUGGAGGGCGGGAAUCGACUGUCUGCUGCUGCAGAUUUAGGUGGGAGUGUCUUGACUGGAACACUGGGUAACCCGCUAGGAAUUGUUGCUCGGCAGCUGGGGCAUUUUCUUCACAAAGUAAGGGAUAAAUGCCCACUUUAUAGUGUUGACGGGAAGCCUGUUAACCCUGAUUUGGAUAUGAAGGUUGAGUCUGCUUUUAACCGACUUUUGGAUAAGGCCAGUAGACUUAGGCAGUUGAUGGGGGAGGUUUCAGUGGAUGUCUCCCUUGGGUCUGCGUUAGAGACCUUUCGGCAGGUUAAUGGGGAUGCAGUUAACUCAGAGGAGAUGAGCUUGUUUAAUUGGCAUUUCGCCAAUUUGGAAUAUGCAAAUGCAGGUUUGCUCUCCAAACUAUCUCUUGCAUUUUGGGACCAGGAUGACCCCUAUGAUAUGGGAGGGGACCAUUGCUUCCUGCAUGGAGGGAAUGGAAAACUUGUACAGGCUUUGGCCGAAAAUGUGCCGAUCUUGUACGAGAAAACUGUCAACACUAUUAGAUAUGGCAGUGACGGCGUACAGGUAGUUGCAGGGAGUCAGGUUUUUGAGGGUGAUAUGGCUCUUUGUAGUGUUCCUCUAGGGGUUUUAAAGAGUGGGUCUAUAAAGUUUGUCCCUGAGCUGCCUCAGAGAAAGCUGGAGGGUAUAAAGAGGCUAGGAUUUGGGUUGCUGAAUAAAGUGGCAAUGCUUUUCCCGUAUGUUUUCUGGGGCACUGAUCUUGAUACCUUUGGGCACCUAACUGAUGAUUCGAGCACUCGAGGGGAGUUCUUCUUGUUUUACAGCUAUGCAACUGUUGCUGGCGGUCCUCUUUUGAUAGCACUGGUAGCUGGGGAAUCUGCUGUUAAGUUCGAGAGCAUGCCGCCAACUGAUGCAGUGACCAAGGUUAUACAAAUACUUAAAGGUAUUUAUGAACCACAGGGAGUUACUGUACCAGAGCCAAUUCAAACAGUCUGCACCAGGUGGGGUAGUGAUCCGUUCAGCCUAGGUUCUUACUCUAAUGUUGCAGUCGGCGCAUCAGGAGAUGACUAUGAUAUCUUAGCGGAAAGUGUUGGAGAUGGUAGACUUUUCUUUGCAGGAGAGGCCACCACUAGAAGAUACCCGGCUACUAUGCAUGGUGCCUUUCUGAGUGGGCUAAGAGAAGCUGCAAAUAUGGCUCAAUAUGCUCAUGCUCGAUCUUCAAGGAUGAGGAUUGACAGGAGUCUAUCGAAGAAUGCUCAUUCUUGUGCGUCUCUUCUCACAGAUUUAUUUAGAGAGCCCGAUUUAGAGUUUGGGAGCUUCGCUGUUAUUUUCAGCCAGAAGAACUCUGAUCCGAAGUCUUCUGCAAUUUUAAGGGUGACUUUUAAUGAGCCUCAUAAAAAGAGCCAUGGCGAUUCAAAGCCUGAUCAGCAUUCUAAUAAAUUGCUUUUCCAACAGUUGCAGUCACACUUUAAUCAGCAGCAACAGCUCCACGUGUACACUUUGUUGUCUAAACAACAGGUGCUUGAGCUGAGGGAGGUCAGAGGGGGCGAUGGGAUGAGGUUAAAUUUUCUCAUUGAAAAGCUUGGUGUAAAAUUGAUCGGCAGAAAAGGUCUAGGGCCUACUGCUGAUUCUGUUGUUGCUUCCAUAAAGGCUGAGAGGGGUAAGCGAAAACCUGCUUCAGCUUCUUUGGGUGUUAAAUCAGGGACAUGGAAGCACAAGUCAGGUGUUCUGAAGCAAAAAGUUAUAAGAAAAGCUAAAAUAAUGCGUAAGAGCAGUGGUCUGGCACCUAUUCCUAAACCUAGUGCCAAUGGUAAUGGUAAAGUGACAGAAGAAAGAAGCAUGGACCAGCCCAUUUCUCUCCCUACUGGGACAGGUCAAAUUCAUACUGAAAUUAUGAAGCAAGAAGAAGUGAGGGUGUUUCCUUCAGACAGGGCUGCUCCCCAACUCUGAUUCUCCUUUAUGCUGGUGGCCCAAGAACCUGGUGUAAUAUCAGCUACUGAUUAUAACGAGUGAAGCAUCGACCUCAUUCAAGAAGACGGCUUCUGGCAUCAAAUUCUGACGUGGGGGAGUUUUCCAUCUUCGUCAUGGGAUGCACCUGGCCAUCGACAGGCCCAUUUUUUGGUUUGAUAACCGAUUCAGUCCUGGAUGUGCAUUACGAAUUGGACCUAAACUCGUGGCUGCAAUGCACCCCCGACACUUGUACCCACUUGCAUCAGCGGUCUCACUUCAAGGAAAGAAGCUCUGCAGUCCGGCUCCAUCGCCAGCCGUUGCAGUCUCUAUUGUUUGUUCACUUGUAGGGGUAGAAAGGAUGAGAGGAGUUUCCUUCAAUCUGCUCAGAGGGGACAAGAGAGUAGCAAACGAAGUGGUACCAAGAGAUGAUUCGGUAGCUAAGAUAAUUCGUGGUCGGGUUAGGGUGCUAUUAUUCUUUUUAUAUUGAAUAAUACCACAGUUGCUGUACAAAAGGAAUGAGAGAGAGAAACUAGCUCAAUCACAUUUAUGAUGAAUAAUGAUAUUUAGUGACGUAUGAUAUGUUGAAGUUUCACAAUGCUGCAAUGUUAUUAGUGUUAUCUCAUUA